AAUGGCACACGAAGUUUAUCACCUGAAUCAUCCAAAGAAUGUAUUAUCUUGUUGAAUUUGUCAAAAUUAAUUUAAGUGACUUUAUGGUAUGCCAUCUGGAACGACUUUCUAGCAUAUAAAUGGCUAGAUAACAUCAAACAUGGCUCAAUCACCGAGUGGGUUACCGCCUCAAUCCUCCAUGGAUCAGGGAAGCUUUUUGAACGGUACUGAGAGCGACUGGAAUAACAAUAUCUCCUUAUGUGUCUCCAAUGAAAGCGUGACAAAUGUGACACUUCCAUUCUACUAUCCCUUACCGUAUGUCAUUAUUUCGGUAAUCAUGGGUGUCAUAAUCUUUACCGUUGGAUUCCUGGGCAACCUACUGGUGAUCGUCGUCGUUGCACGUACAAAGACAAUGCACAGCACAACUAACUGCUACUUGGUAAGCCUAGCCUUGGCUGACUGUCUGGUUCUUAUAUCGGCGACAUUGCCUCAUACUGUUGGAAUGUUUUGGGCCGCAAAUCACUUUCCUUACGGCACGGUUUGUUGUGCUUUGUUAACUUUCUUGAAUUAUUUGGGAAUAAAUGCGUCUGCCUUGUCCAUUACUGCAUUCACCAUAGAAAGAUACAUAGCCAUAUGUCACCCGAUGAAGGCGCAUGCAAUGUGUACAGUAAGCCGAGCAAAGAAACUGAUCAUUGGCCUAUGGAUAUUUAGUAUCUUCUAUAACUCUCCGUGGUUUGGAUUAACCGAAAUACAGGUCCCUACAGGGGACAGUUCAGUGCUUCAAGUGUGUACCUUCAAACUGGACAGAGGUCGGUAUGCUGCCUACUACUUCGUGGACCUUGUUUUAUUUUAUAUCAUACCUUUGGCCGUGACAGCAGUUCUCUAUUGUUUAAUAGGGAGAAUUUUGUUUCUCAGUACAAAUCGUGGACUUGCAGCCGAUAGCAUUAAGCGCAAUACAAUGAAAGAAAGGGUGAAUAAAGACAGGACGUCCUUCAAACAGGACAUGACUAGAUCCAGAAUUCAGGUGCUGAAGAUGUUGAUCGUCGUCGUGGUGUUGUUUGCUCUACUUUGGCUGCCAUACCGAGCUCUUGUGGUCUAUAAUUCUGUUGCCGCAGUUCGGUUUGAUAGCAUAUGGUUCCUGAUGUUUUGCCGACACUUGAUCUCUGUGAACAGUGCCAUCAAUCCUAUCAUCUACAACAUCAUGUCUACGAAGUUCCGAGAGGCUUUUAGAAAGGCGUGUAUAGCUUGCUACGGUUGCUGUGCUCCCAAUACGACUGGCACUACGCUGUUGCAACACACCACAUGCAUGACAUCUCUAUAGAUACUUUGUUCUCCACACAAGUAGGAUUGAGGUAUACAUGUAGUUAUUUUGAAUGUUUUACCACGGUGUUUUCUGGGAUUCAAUUUGUGUCCGUGCUUAUCAUAUACACGUAUAUGUACGCGGGAAAAUAAACGCAAUUACCAGUUUGUCCUGAGGAAGGCUCUUGAGUACAGCCGAAAAUUUGACGGUAUGGAAGUAUUUAAAUAAAAAACUGUCUGUGGAAUUAUUAAUUCAAUAAUCCAGAGGAUGAGCUCAAUUGUUAGUGUCUCGCUUUGUCAAGAUGGAACUGGGAGCAGCUUCGUUAAUAAUCAAGAUGACGAGGAGAAUGACUGCUUUAGAGAGAUAAUGCAUAUAGCGUGUAUAUACAGCUUUAACAUAACACAAGGACAAUGGGACAAUGUUUUUUUCUAUACAUGUAUAGGGAAACAUCUUUUAAAAAAGAUACAUACUUCGCCACUAUAUAACUUGGUAUCAAGCAAAUAUUGUACGUCUUUUUAUUAGUGACAAUUCUUAGAAAAUGUGUGUAUUUUUCAUCUUUUAAGCAAAAAUAAUUGUGAAUUAUAGGCUUAUGAAGAGCAAUUAUAUAUUAUUCUUCCACAAAAAUUAAUUUAACCAAAUACCUUGGGGUAUUUUCAGCUUAUGACAGAAAGUUUGCAAGAAACUGUUUGUAAGUUGUUGCAAGAAAAAAAUUGUUGCUGCAAAUUUGCUGAAAAUUUGCAAGAGCAUCUGAAGUUUGGGCCAAGUUUGCAAGAAGUUUUCAUAUCCUUUGAAAACAUUUCC